CACUGAAUGUUUUUUUGAAUUCGUCAAAAAUAUAAAUAAGCCGUCGAACAUGGUUCGGCGUUGUUUACCAAGUAGCUAUGGGCGGGCUGCUGUACUGGACUCAUUGUUAGCUAUCUUUGCUAGCGCAGCGGCAGUGGCCGGAGCCUUGCGUGCUGGGAGGCCUGGGUUCAAAGGCUUGGACCUCGUUGCUGGUGCCUCAACUUUGUACAUCCUCAUCAUGUAUUGCUUCCAGAGCUCGUUCUUGGAGUGGCCAGAGCCUGGUUUUCAGAAGCCCCAAGCCUUCCUCACAGCUUCGUUGGGGAAUUUGCUGUUGCCCAAUCUCUUGGCCAUGAAGGGGUUUUGGGCGCCACCCACGCGCCUCCUGUCCAUAACCUUCAGCUGUGGCCUGGCCUUCCAAGCCUACCAGCAACUGGUGAAGGGGCCAAGCUAUCGCCCUCCAAAGCUCCAGGAUCGUGUCUUCUUCGUCACUGGUGCCAACUCUGGGAUUGGCUUCGAAGCCAGCAAGGCCUUUGCUCUGGCAGGGGCCACCGUAGUCUUUGGCUGCCGAGAUCAGAAGCGAGCCACGACCGCCAUGCGGGCGCUUGUGACGGAGGGUGUCUCCGAAGCGCAGCUGCAUUUUUUGCCGCUAGACUUGACCUCCCUCCAGUCGGUGCGGAGGUGUGCUCAAUUGCUGGAGGAGUCGGGCUUGAAGGUGGAUGUGCUGGUCCUCAAUGCUGGCGUGAUGCGUCGUUGCCGGGAGCUGACUGAGGAUGGCUUUGAGAUGACCAUGGCAGCUAACCAUUUGGGACACUUCCUGCUAGUCCAGUUGCUGGUGCCUCACCUGCUGGCACAGGAGGCACAAGGCAGACAUCCACGAGUCGUUAUGGUGGGCUCCAAUCUUUGCUACUCCCACGAUGUCUUUGACUUCGAAGAGCUGGUGGCGGUCCGCUCCAGAAGGGAAGCUGAAAGCUUCAAGGCCAAGCCUUACAGCCUCUUCAGUGCAUAUGCCCAGUCCAAGUUAGCCAACUUGCUGAUGACGAGCGAACUCGCGCGGCGUCUACCCAGGAUACCAGUAAAUUGCGUGCAUCCGGGUGAAGUAUUGACCCAGGUGAUGAACGAUAUGCACCCGGUGGUGCUGGCGAUCUAUGCCAGCUUCCGCCCGGUGGCACGGAAGCUCUUCAAGUCCCCCGAGGAGGGUGCUGUUUGCACCGUCUUUGUCGCCACAUCACCUGAGUUGAGCUGCACUGGACAGUACUUCAUGCGGCUGCGACCGGCGAAGGUCUCCAAGGCGAAUGCGGUGGCUGCUUUCCAGCAGUUGCACCAGGAGGGUCGACCAGACUUCGACCCGUCAGUGAGCACCCGAAGCUCUGCAUCCACCUUCUUCCAGCAGCGGUCAACAAUGGUGGUCCAUCCACACGUCAUGUGCCUCUCGCACAAUGUGAAGGCACCAAAGUGGUCCUUCACCUCACGUGAGACUGCCAACGUGAAGCAUCAUGUGCCUGGUCCAGGCACCUAUGAGCUAUCACCCUCUGAGAAUGCCGCCAAGACCUUCCACCGGCCGCCCAAGUUCAGCUUUGGCUCGGCAGGGCGAAACCUGGUGAAGAACUCCAAGCUUUGGCAGGAGAAGCAGCCCCCGGGACCUGGGGCGUAUGGCGGCAACUUUACAACCUUCGGCUACUGAGCCCCGUGUCUUAGCUUUCUCGGAGGUGUCACAGCGAUCGACUUGAGGACAAUGCUAAAUGGUCA